GAAGAGUGUUUUGCUGUGCGAUUCAGACUCAAUCGAGUGGUGAAGUUCUGCCAGGGCUAUAAACGAGGGGCAACUGCAACUGGAAAGCUGGUCUGCAGACAACUGGGACCAGGUCACUACAGGAUCCUGCUCUGAGACAGGCUGUUGGGAGCUCUUUCUGUCUCCAUCAUGGAAAGAAUCAUCAUAAGGCACCCGAUAGAAACCCCAGUACGCUACCAGGAGGAAUUUGAAGCCCGAGGCCUUGAAGACUGCAGGCUGGAUCACAGUUUGUACGCACUGCCAGGGCCAACCACUGUGGACCUGGGGAAGGCCAGGUCAGCCCAGGAUCCAUUACCGGCCCCAGAAGCUGAGAAGCAACCAGUGAGAGACAGCAAACCCCACUUUCAGAUCUUGGUGGAUGUGGUGCAGUUUCUCCCUGAAGAUGUCAUCAUCCAGACUUUUGAAGGCUGGCUCCUGAUCAAAGCUCAACAUGGCACCAGAAUGGACGAGCAUGGGUUUGUCUCAAGAAGCUUCACCCGGCAAUAUAAGCUACCAGAUGGUGUUGAGAACAAAGACCUCUUGGCCCUCUUCUGCCACGAUGGCAUUUUGGUAGUGGAAGUGAAAGAUCGUGGAAGGGUUAACUGAACUACUGCUGGUUGCUGUUCAUAAGAUAGUAUGUGCCUUGAUGUGGGUCUGACGGCUCUGUGUAAUUAGAGCGCUUGCAUGCAUGGGGCCCCAUCGGCUGCAUUUGCAAUGGGGAUUAAAAAUAUAUUUGAAUAUAUUUCUUGGUA